AUGGGCAACACGGACAGCGUGGCGGUGCAGAAGCGGCUGGCUCGCUUCCGUCCUGAGGAGCGAUCGGUGAUCGAGGGGGCAUUCGAUAACCUCCUGAAGGGGUCAGAGGGCCUUUCUGGCACCACUGGGAAAACGGCAGCAGGAAAAACCCUCACACUGGACAUGAUUCAGUCCUCAAUGGGCAGCUUGGCCUCAGACUCUAUGGUGAAGAGAGUCUACCAGUGCCUGCAUGGCAUCAGCCCAGAUCCGGCCGGGUCAGAAAAGCCCGGCCAACCUGACACCUUCGGCGUAACUCGGGAACAGCUCAUAGUCUUCCUCGCGGACACCCUUCGAGGUACUGCAGAAGAGCGGGCUCCCCUUGUUCUGGCCAUGUCCCAGAAUGCUUCAGGGCCAGCGACAACUGUCACAUGUGAUCAAGUGGCCGAGUUUCUACAGGAUCUGAUUUCUGCUGUAGUUCAAAUCCUGGUCAGCAGGGGGCGCCUGCAGGGCUGGAAACCAGAGAAAAUGGGUGAUGGUCCUCUUGGUGUGAAAAUCCUGGCAGAGCAGAUUUGCUCUGAACUCAAAGCUUCAGACGGGGGAAGUUGUGAUGUUUCCUGUUUGGAGGACUGGAUCUUCAGAAACUCCCAGGUUUCAAUGUACCUGGAAAUGCUGGUAUCUGAAGGCCUGAAUGUGUCUUUGAUUGGUCUGCCGCCCCCGACACUGCUGCCCCCCUGCAAGGAGACGCCCUGGAAAGAAAUGAACACCCUGCUGGAUCUUCCCACUGUCAUGUUUCUGGCUCCACAGUUGCCAGACAGCUACAGCGCCCCCUGGAGGCUGGUGUUUUCCACCGAGCUGCACGGGGAGAGUUUCACCAAGAUGAUGUCAGGCCUCAUGAAACAUGGACCCACCCUGCUGCUUAUCAAGGACACUAAGGGGCAUGUUUUUGGGGGCUAUGCGUCCAACGCCUGGGAGAUCAAACCUCAGUUUCAGGGUGACUCCAGAUGCUUCCUGUUCACUGUGUUCCCCAGCCUCAGAGUUUAUACAGCAACAGGAUACAACGAACACUUCAUGUACCUCAACCAGCACCAGCAGACCAUGCCCAACGGGCUGGGAAUGGGUGGUCAGCACGACUACUUCGGCUUGUGGCUGGACAGCGAUUUUGGCCGUGGUCAUAGCCGCGCACGGCCCCGGUGCACCACUUACGGCAGCCCUCAGCUCUCAGGAGACGAGGACUUCACGCUGGACUCCAUGGAAGUGUGGGCCGUUGGAAAACCACCAGAACCAGAGGAGGGAGAAGAGGGGGAGGGUAAGAAGAGCAUCCUGGAUGUGGAUCCAGAGGUUCAGGCCAUGAUGGAGCUCACAGGGAAGACUCUUCACAGCGAGGGGCUCCGGGAGCCGGAGGACGACUAG